AUGAACUUCCUAAUUAGAAACACUAUUAUUGGUCAGACAUGCAAUUCCAAACAAAUAUUCUACAAGCAUGCUAGAACUUUAGCUAUUAAGUCGUCAUUGACCAGUUCCAUAAGAUAUCCCUUGCAGCCAAGUUUACACAACAAUCUCAAUUCCAAUACAAUCAAUUUCCCCUUGGUGAAAUCGUUCAUAAGACACAACUCAACCAAACCCGAGAAACCGUCACUUCUGUCUGAACAAAUAAAGGAAAAAGCAUUGGAGACGCUAGAAAAAUCACCAGCUACAGAAUUAGUGCACAAGGCAGUAGAGGAACCAAAAAAAUCUAUUUGGGAAAAAGUUAAGCACGAAGCAAAGCACUAUUGGCAUGGGACAAAAUUGUUGGGAUACGAAAUCAAAGUGUCAACUAAAUUAUUGGUCAAAUUAAUGGCAGGAUACGAGUUGUCACGUAGAGAAUCAAAUCAGUUGCAAAGAACGAUUGUUGAUGUUGUCAGAUUAGUUCCAUUCGCCAUGUUUGUUAUUAUACCAUUUGCAGAAUUAUUAUUGCCUAUUGCCUUGAAGAUAUUUCCAAAUUUGUUGCCUUCAACGUAUGAGUCUACUGUUGAUAGACAAAAGAAAUUGGCUAAAUUGAAGAAAACCAGAAAGGCUGCUUCUGAAUUUAUUAAGAAUACCAUGGCUGAAAGUGGUGGUUUGAAAUUACUGAAAAAAAUCACUGAUCAAGAGAGAGAGAAUUUUGUGCAAUUUUUCCACUGCAUUUCCAUGGGUAAAAACCCAGAUCGUCAGCAAUUGAUUCAAGUGGCCAGACUAUUUAAAAAUGAUCAAGUAUUGGAUAACUUGUCUCGUCCCCAAUUGGUUGCUAUGUGUAAUUAUAUGAAUUUGAGACCUUUUGGUACUGAUUCGAUUUUGAGAUAUCAAAUCAGACAUCGUUUAUUGAACAUCAUCAAAGAUGAUAAGGUUAUCGAUUACGAAGGGGUUGACAGUUUAUCUAUGCUUGAGUUACAAUUGGCAUGUCUGCAGCGUGGUAUCAAAACAAGUGAUAAGUCUCCUGCUAGAUUAAGAGAUGAUUUGGAAACAUGGUUGGACUUGCGGUUGAGACAAAAGAUUCCAAGUACUUUAUUGAUUUUGUCUAGUGCGUACACUUAUGGCGAUAAAGGGAAUUCGAUUGAGUCAUAUUAUGAUGCAUUAUUGGCUGUUUUAUCGUCUAUUCCUGACGAAGUGUAUAAUGUUGCCAAAUUGGAGUUGUCUGAUGACUCUAAAUUGAAAUUGAACAUCUUGAAGGAACAAGAAGAAAUGAUUGAAGAAGAAAAUGAAAGAGAAAAGGACACUGUUACUAAAGUUAAAGAUAAGAUCAAGUUAGAUGAUUAUGAAGAAACUGCAAGUGAGGGAAUAAAAAUCGAAGCUGAUGAUCCUGUAGAAGGUAAAAAUGACAAUGAAACACAAAAGCAAGAAGAACUGUCAAGUGGCAAAGAAUCUAACCAAGAUCCUGUAUCGGAAUCCAAAAAACCAAUUAAGAAGGAAGAAGUUAAGGUUUAA